CACUAGAGGAAAUGACAACAGCGCAGCACGAGCUUGGAAAUAUCUGUCACUUUAUCUAUGAUCAGACCCCAGGAGGAUGGCUUCUUUAAAAUGCCCUCUACUUUAUGUGUUGCUUUGUUUUCAAGCUGUUCAAACUGAAGCCUCCUCUUGGACAGCUACGGUCCCUUCCUCAGUUAAAGGUCUCCUUGGAUCCUGUGUGGUGAUCCCCUGUACAUUUGACUACCCAGAUCCAGGGAGGACUCUCACUGGAUUGACAGGGAUGUGGAACAAUGAGGCACACCAGCUCAUCAAUCACCCGGUUCAGUCUAAAGUCAUUGAGCAGUAUCGGGGCCGAACGGAGCUGCUGGGAGACGUCAGACAAAAGAACUGUUCUCUGAAGAUUGACCCCAUCCAACAAAGUGACCAGGGACCUUUUAAUUUCAGGAUUGAAAUGGCCGACUAUGAAAAAUAUUCUUACAGAGCCAACUCUGUUUCCAUUGCAAUGAUAAGUGAACCAGAUCAAAUCAUUUUCUCUGUGAAAAACGAGUUAAAGGAGGGUGAAACUGUGUCUGCUUCCUGCUCUGUGUCUCACUCCUGCCCUGCUUCUCCUCCUGUCUUCAACUGGAGUCACUCAGGAGAGAACGUUUUCCAACAGCAGCAGCUCGAUGCUGGCCAGUGGAAAGCAACUUCUACUCUGACCUUUAACCCUACACACGUUGAUCAUGAGAAGAAUUUACAAUGCUCCGUGAGAUACAAGGGAGGGAAGCACCAGACCACAUCCAAGAAGCUCAACGUGAAAUAUGCCCCGGUGAAUGUGAAGGUUGAGUACAAGUCAAAAGUUAAGGAGGGGGAAUCUGUGCGGAUGAAAUGCUCCAGUGAUGCUAACCCCCCAGCCAGCUAUGAGUGGCAUAAUGAAACUGGUGCUCAGCUGUUUCAAGGGAAGGUCUACACGCUGCACAAUGCCUCCAGACAUACAGGAGCUCUCUACUGUACUGCCAUUAAUACAAUAGCACGAAGCAAGUCAAGCCCUGUGCAGCUCAAUGUGUUACAUGCCCCUGAGAUUAAGACCAUGUCUUCCUGCUACGCAGAGGCAGACAUGGUAAAGUGCGUGUGCAUUGCGGAGUCAAGUCCUGCGAGCACGGUUCACUUUGUGCUCUCUGACAAAGUCGUGCCAAAAGCAAAGAUAGAGAAACACGGCCUUGUUACCAUCGGUACUCUACAGGUAGAGUUUGGAUCCUCUGGGUUUGUCCGCUGUUUGGCAAACAACACGCAGGGCAGCGCAGACCUCACACUCUAUUUCCCGGUUAACAGUAAAAUGCAGAAUAUUUACAUUUCUAUAGCCAUUGGAGCAGGAGGGAUUCUGGUGAUACUUUUGAUAGCAGUGGGGGUGAAAAAAUGCAGGGGGAGGUCUGUAGAUGCAGCAACAACUCCUUUGAGCACCAUGAAGGCGGAUAAAGAUGUGGAGCACCCUCAGUAUGCUACAGCAACUACAAAGAGAAUAGAGAAGACCGAUGAUGAUGACGAUUGCCUAGGUGGUGUUUAUGCCAAUGAACCUGUUUAUGGUAACAUGGAGACCGACCAGGAUGACGCAAUAUACGCCAAUAUGUAACAGGAACAAGAACACCGAAUUCAAUGGAAGACCAGCUUCAGUUGCAAUGUGUGUUUUCUAUCUGAUGGUGGGUGAAGAAACUUGUGGAGGUUGUUGAUAUAUUCCUUUUUGUAUAGGUUAUCUAAUCAUUAUCAUCAGUCUAAUUUAUAGAUGAGAAAAUAGUUGUUCAUGAUGUUCAGUUGUUAAUGCACUUGUGUUUUCAGUUUUUGCUCCUCUCGAACACAUCUUACAUGUCUUGUACGUUUUGUGACAACCAUCAUUAAAUUGUUAUAUUUUACUUUAAAA